GAAGUGCAAGUGUUAGGGAGCAGAGUGAGAGGAAGGGUAAAAAGGGAAGUUGUGAAAGACGAACGACCAAUUUGGAAAGAGGAUGACAUAAAUACCCCCAACAUUGUUUGACCUAACCCUAACAGGUUAUCUCCGUUGCUCAGUACUCCAUAGUGGAGCGACCCUUUUGCCCUUCUCUCUCACUUCCCAUUGCCCUUCUGAUUUCAGGUUUUCCCCUCUCACCCAUCCCCGCCAAACUUUCAUACUUCAAAUUUUUCUCUCUCUUUUUCAUCCUCUUUCUAUUUGUUCUUUGAACUGUGAUUUAUGGAUUCUCUGUUAAUGUCUUCAAUUGCAGGUUUCACCAGCCACUUUGUUUCCCAACACCUUUUAAUUUGUGUGUGUUCGAAACCUAUGGAUUCCUUUGUUUUCUCUCUGUUUUUGUCUCAUUGGAGAAAGUUUCGAUUUUUAUUUUUCAUCCAAUGAAACUGAAUUAUUGAAGCAAAAGUAAGUUUUUUUUUUGGCUUGAUGGGUUGGUUUUGAUGAGAGGAAUUGUUGUAAUUAAGGAAAAGAAAUCAUAAGGGAACAAGCUUUGUGAAAAUUUUACCCGGUUUCUUGUGAAAAGAUAAAAGGGGUGUGUGAAAAGGAGAGUUUUGUCAUUCUUUAUGAUUCAUUUGCAUGUGUUUGAUUGAUAUUAAAGGCGAAAAAUUCAGUUCGUUCAGUUGCAAAAUUUGAGUAUUUUUUGUUUACUGACUCAGUUUGGGAAAUUCACUAUUAUUGCAGCUUAUGCAAUAAUUAUAUUUGGCGCCGCAGUUUCAGAUUUGGUUUGGUUCGAAUUGUUGCUGUUCAUGUUAUUGUCGUCACGGUUUGGUACUGUGGACUUCAAGAGAGUUUGGGGGAGUUAUCGAUAUAUUGGAGAAUUCUGUUGUGCUGUGAACUUUGAUCCUCAGUCUCAGCCAGAAGCAUAUUUGUUUAGGUCAAAGUGGUGAGUUCGUUAUGGCAAAGCAUGAUUUAAUUGUUGGUCAAAGUCAGAAUCUUCCAUCUAUGCCGGUUUGUACUUUGGGAAUUGACCAUAUCCAUGAUCAUGAUUCAGUUCAUAAAUUGGAUUCUGAACGGAUCCAAGAAACAGAUUUGGAGGGUACUCAAGAUAAUAAAGGACUAGCUCAGGGUCCAACCCAAAAGCAUGAGCAUGAUGGCAUGGCUUCUCGACUUCAACAACUAGAACAUGCUCAGAAUCUUGAGCAAAGUGGUGACAAGUUGGAUGCAGAUGGUCAGGUUCAGAACCGUGCUUAUUCUGAUAGCUAUGAUAAUAGAUUGGCUCUAACUAAUCAGCCAUUUGAAUUGAAUUUGUCAGAUGAUCGCCAACCAGCUAUUGUUGAGAAUCAUGAUCAUCCUCAGAAGAUAGAGUUUUCAUUGGAUCAAAAUGUGGAAAUGGAUAAUCUAGCUGUAUCAGAUAUGAUUGAUGUGCAACAGACGGAUAUUGUUUGCACUCCACCUGUUCUCCAGUCACGAGCCCUUGAUCCCUCUCCUAACCAUCAACUCACUGUUGGGCAACAAUUUCCUGAUGUUCAUAGCUGCCGAAGGGCACUUAGAGAGGCAGCCAUUGCUCUUCACUUUGAGAUACAAAUACUAAAAUCAGACAAAGUUCGUUUCACUGCCCAAUGUGCAAGUGAAGGAUGCUCUUGGAGAAUUCAUGCUGCAAAGCUUCCUGAUGUUCCAACCUUCACAAUUAGGACCAUCCGAGAGCCACAUACUUGUGCUGGAAUCACUCAUUUGGGUCAUCAGCAAGCCUCAGUGCAAUGGGUUGCUAAUUCUGUGGAACAACAGCUUAGGGAAAAUCCGAAUUGCAAGCCAAAAGACAUACUAGAAGAGAUCCACCGUGUUCAUGGGAUCACCUUGUCGUAUAAACAAGCAUGGAGGGGAAAGGAGCGGAUUAUGGCUGCUAUUAGGGGCUCAUUUGAAGAAGAAUAUCACCUACUUCCUCAGUAUUGUGAACAACUCAAAAGAUCAAAUCCUGGAAGUAUAGCUUUGGUUUAUGGAAAUCCUAAUGAUGGAUGUUUCCAACGUCUAUUCAUAUCAUUUCAAGCAUCAAUUUAUGGGUUUCUGAAUGGCUGCCGUCCCGUUAUUGGACUCAAUUGUGUCCCCCUUAAAAGCAAGUAUCUUGGAUCUUUGAUUUUAGCCACUGGUUUUGAUGGUGAUGGUGGUCUAUAUCCUCUAGCAUUUGGGGUGGUAGAUGAAGACGUUGAUGAGAACUGGAUGUGGUUCCUAUCUGAGCUACAUAUGUUACUUGAAACUAACACUGGGCACAUGCCAAGGCUUUCAAUUCUAUCCAACAGACAGAAAGCUAUUGUGGAUGGAGUAGAAAUGAGUUUCCCUAGUGCUUUCCAUGGGUUCUGCAUGCAAUACUUGAGUGAAAGUUUCCUUAAAGAAUUCAACAACAAUGUUCUCAACAAAAUCCUCUGGGAAGCUGCUUGUUCCCUCACACCCCUUGAGUUCGAAACCAAAAUCCUCGAAUUAGAAGAAAUGUCACAAGAAGCAGCAGCAUGGAUCCGAAGAAUACCACCUCAUUUGUGGGCCACAGCAUACUUUGAAGGAACUAGAUUUGGCCAUCUAACAGCCAAUGUGGUUGAAUCAUUGAACACUUUGAUAGUCGAAGCCUCAGGGCUCCCAAUUAUCCAAAUGAUGGAGUGCAUCCGCCACAAACUAAUGAUAUUGUUCAACGAACGGCGCGAAGCCAGCAUGCAUUGGAUUAGCAUCUUGGUUCCCUUUGCUGAGAAGCAAGUGUCAAAUGCAAUAGAAGAAGCACACAAGUAUCAGGUGUUAAAAGGAAAUGAGGCUGAAUUUGAAGUGUUAUGCCACUCAAGAUCAAGACAAUAUGUAGUAGACAUUCGCACAAGGUGUUGUUCAUGUUAUGGAUGGCAAAGAUGUGGCUUACCAUGUUCUCAUGCAGUGGCGGUUCUGCUGUCAUGCAAGCAGAACGUGCAUCGUUUCACUGAAAGUUGUUUCACUGUCACAAACUAUCGCAAAGCAUAUUCACAAACCAUACACCCCAUUGCAGAUAGAACCAUGUGGAACAUGAAUGAAUACGAGGAGGGUAGUAGAGCCAUGUUGGAGCUUGUUAUAAACCCACCAAAGUCUCUAAGGCCAAUUGGUCGAUCAAGGAAAAAAAGGGCUGCUUCUGCUGCACAAGAUGGUGGUGGUGCUCCAACCAAACGUGUUGUGCACUGUAGCCGUUGCAACCAACCAGGGCAUUUUCGAACUACAUGUUCUGUCCCAAUGUAAAUUACAUUGCAAUAGUGAUUAGAGCAUAGAUGCAAUACAUUGUCUUAUACUCACUCUCAUGCAAACAUUAAUGUUUUGCUACAUAGUUUUUGUUCUUAAAUAUUAGAUGAUAGAUUAAGAUUAGACAGGAACGCAUUGUCUAGUACUUGGGUACAAUCUUUGCUUCUUUUGGAAGAAACCAAUUAUUACAAUAUAGGCAACAUUUU